AUGUCUGCCCCACGACUCAUUCAACGCCUCUCGCGGCCGUCAAGGUCGCCUUUCUCUCUCACGGCAUCAAUCGCCCGACGCUCCUUCGGCAGCUCGGCAGCUCGCUCAAAUGAUGGCAAUGGGAAGGAUCGUGCGCCGUCUACAGCUCCGGAGCACCGCAAAUACCAGACUUCGAGGCCUCCAAACCAAGCUGUGCCCAAUACAACUUCGACCAUGACCAAUGACUUUCCCGGUGUCGGCGAGAAGACCCCGCCUCCGGAGCUCUUGAGCUCGGUCGAUCCGAACUAUAAGCCGGUAGAUCCGUAUCCUGGCCGUGUUGAGCAUUACACCGGUGGUAGACAGCAGCCCGGUGCGCAGAAACCGGAGCUUGGGGUUGGGGAGAUGGAAGGGAUUACCUUCAAGGUUGAGCCGCUGAGGCGAACUGGAGAGGACCCGGCGACCAUGAGGGCUCGCUUGUUGUACCAAAGCAGAAAGCGAGGUAUCCUCGAGUCGGAUCUACUUCUUUCCACUUUCGCCGAUGUCUAUCUGAAAGAUAUGACGCCAGAACAGCUCCAGGAGUACGACCGCUUCCUGGACGAGAAUGACUGGGACAUCUACUACUGGGCUACGCAGGACCCCCCGUCUGCUGCGGACGCCCCAGCCGAGGACACGGUCACAGAGACCUGGAAACGCACCGGAGCCAAGAGCGGUGAGUGGAAGCAGACCGUUGGUGCUUAUAAGGCUGCGUAUAGGCCCGUCCCCUCGCGGUGGGCCGACUCCGAGGUCCUCAAGCUUCUGAGACAGCAUGUGCGUGAUAAGAGCGCUGUUGGAUUUCAUGCUGCGAAGAACAAGAAGACGGCCGGUGGCGGGCUGGGAAGAAUGCCCAACAUCCAGGGCUUGUGGACCACACAACCAGCGGCAGAACGGGCUAGUUUAGGGCUUAGGCGGGCAACGCUGGUUCUGCUCCUCCAUCCUCGAGCGCUGCGAUUUUAUCUCAGGCCCAGAGUCAACGACAAUUGCUCCGCCCGCGUUCAUCCUCCUCCCUCCUCUCGCGGCCCCUUCAUCGUCAAUAUGGCUGAGCAGAUGGUUCUUCGUGGUACCCUUGAGGGCCACAAUGGCUGGGUUACUUCCCUGGCCACCUCUCUGGAGAACCCCAACAUGCUGCUCUCUGGCAGUCGCGACAAGACCCUGAUCAUCUGGAACCUCACCCGUGACGAGCAGGCCUACGGUUACCCCAAGCGCAGCCUCGAGGGUCACUCCCACAUCGUCUCUGACUGUGUCAUCUCCUCCGACGGUGCCUACGCUCUGUCCGCCUCUUGGGACAAGUCCCUCCGCCUGUGGGAGCUCGCUACCGGCGAGACCACCCGUACCUUCGUUGGCCACACCAACGACGUCCUCUCCGUCUCCUUCUCCGCCGACAACCGCCAGAUCGUCUCCGGUUCUCGUGACCGCACCAUCAAGCUGUGGAACACCCUCGGCGACUGCAAGUUCACCAUCACCGACAAGGGCCACACCGAGUGGGUUUCCUGCGUGCGCUUCAGCCCUAACCCCCAGAACCCCGUCAUCGUUUCCGCUGGCUGGGACAAGCUUGUGAAGGUUUGGGAGCUCGCUUCCUGCCGCCUCCAGACCGACCACAUCGGUCACACCGGUUACAUCAACACCGUCACCAUCUCUCCCGAUGGAUCCCUCUGCGCCUCCGGUGGCAAGGACGGCACCACCAUGCUCUGGGAUCUCAACGAGUCCAAGCACCUCUACUCCCUCCACGCCGGCGACGAGAUCCACGCCCUCGUCUUCUCCCCCAACCGCUACUGGCUCUGCGCCGCCACCGCCAGCUCCAUCACCAUCUUCGAUCUUGAGAAGAAGAGCAAGGUUGACGAGCUCAAGCCCGAGUUCAUCGAGAAGAGCUCCAAGGCCCGUGAGCCCGAGUGUAUCUCUCUCGCCUGGAGCGCUGAUGGCCAGACUCUGUUCGCUGGUUACACUGACAACAAGAUCCGUGCCUGGGGUGUCAUGUCGAGGGCAUAG